GCGCAGCGAACAGCUGAAAUGAAGAGCAAGCGGCGUAGUGUGUGUAUGGCUCUGGAUCUAAUAUCACCUACCUGUCCUUGUCACUCUGAUACUCCGCGCAGCUAGCAGUAUCAGUCCAAUAUAUCUAUUUGUCUAUGCUUCAGUCAAAACGGUGUAUUUCUUUCAACAGACGCAAAUUAUGCUUUGUUUAUUCUAAAGACAUUUUAAGUCGUUUAAAUAAAGUUUUUUUUUUUUUUACUGUAAUUUGUGAGAGGAGACGCGUUGCUGUAAAUCUUGACACCACUGAUUCCCCCUUUCCCAUAUCCGUCGGACGCCUCUAUUUUUUUGCUUGCACUGAGGGAACUUAAUCCGCCUCUGACAGAGUCCUGCGCUUUCCUAGCCAUAUGAACUCUAUGAAGGAUCCAUUGAAUUCAGACCAUCACCACCACCACCACCACCACCAAACCGGGACUAAACUCUCUUCCACGCACCACACGGCACUGGCAAUGGCCUCUAGUCUGCAGCCGUUGCAGCGGUCUGUGGACUCCAAACAUCGGUUAGAGGUUCACACAGUAUCGGACACCUCUAGUCCGGAAUCCGUGGAGAAAGACUCAAAGGGCCAGAGCAAAAAUGACGACUCUUCAGAUGACCCUUCAAAAAAGAAGCGGCAGCGGCGACAGAGGACUCACUUCACAAGCCAGCAGCUACAGGAACUGGAGGCCACGUUCCAACGGAAUCGCUAUCCGGACAUGUCUACCAGAGAGGAGAUAGCGGUGUGGACCAACCUCACGGAGGCCCGUGUCAGGGUGUGGUUCAAGAACCGGAGAGCCAAAUGGAGGAAGAGGGAAAGGAACCAACAAGCCGAGCUAUGCAAGAAUGGCUUCGGUCCUCAGUUUAAUGGACUUAUGCAGCCCUACGACGACAUGUACCCCAGCUACACAUACAACAACUGGGCCGCCAAAGGGCUUACGUCGGCCUCCCUGUCAACCAAAAGUUUCCCUUUUUUUAAUUCAAUGAACGUCAACCCUUUGUCGUCGCAGACAAUGUUCUCCCCGCCGAACUCGAUUUCUUCAAUGAGCAUGACUUCAAGUAUGGUGCCGUCCGCGGUCACUGGCGUGCCGGGUUCAAGCCUCAACAGCCUCAAUAACUUGAACAACCUCAGCAACCCCUCUCUGAAUUCGGGAGUUCCCACGCCAACCUGCCCCUACGCACCACCGACCCCUCCUUAUGUGUACAGGGACACUUGCAACUCCAGUCUGGCCAGUCUGAGACUGAAAGCAAAGCAACACUCAAGUUUUGGAUACAGUAGUGUUCAGAAUCCGGGCUCAAAUCUGAGCGCUUGCCAGUAUGCCGUGGAUAGACCAGUCUAGUACCUGAAAAUAGGUCACCCCAGUAACAGGAACGAGAGACUACUUUUUUCUUUUUCAAAAGGGCACUAGAAGACAAAACCACUGAAAGGAGCAAAACUCAUGGAGUUUCACACUUAAACGGAAGUAAUUAGGCAUUUUUCCUAAUGAGUAUUUUGUUCUUCACCGGCGAGUGCAGAAUUUAGGAUACCUUAUUUUCGAAGCUUGUUUAUUUUAAAGUUUUUAAUUUUGGCCGUUAAUUGGUGAAAGGUUGUAUAUAUACAUAUCUAAAUAUCAUCUCCAGUUUAUUAAGGCAACUGCUCUUGGCUCUUCUCAAGGUUCAAUUUAUCAAAGCAUGUGGAAACCCCUAAAGGAAUAAUGUUUUGCUUGCAAACAAAGGAAUGUACAUACUAAACACACCAGUUGUGUGUUUCUAACAUAUUAUAAAUUUAUUAUUAAAUGUCUGUGUGAAUAUCGAUUUAGAGUAGCAAUCCUGACGCAUCAAAUGUUCCUGAGAAAUGAAAUUGGUUUUGCUUUGUGUAUAGGCCUACUAUUUGGUACGGAAUUUUGUUUGGUUCUUUUUUUUCUUUUUUUUUCAACAUAAAAAAAUAAACUAUUGUGUUUUAUUUAA